CCCUCCUAGCCAGCUGCCGCGGGAUGGAGGGCUUCAUGGACUCAGGGACACAGACGGACGCUGUGGUGGUGCUGUCCUUGGCUCAGGCCGCUGUGCUGGGCCUGGUCUCGGAAAAUGAGCUCUUUGGAGCCACCAUAAGCGCUGAGGCCUUCUACCCAGACCUGGGGCCCGAGCUAUCUGGGGGAGCCAUGGGGGAUCCUGGGCCGCCGGGCCCCGAUGUCUACCAGCUGGCCUGCAAUGGACGGGCCCUGGAGGAGCCAGUGGAGGAGGAGGUGUUGGAGGUGGAGACAGCCUUCGAGAAGCACACCCGGCGGAAGACACGGCCCCCUGUGCGGCUGGUGCCCAAGGUCAAGUUUGAGAAGGUGGAGGAGGAGGAGCAGGAGGUAUACGAAGUAUCUGUGCCUGGCGAUGACAAGGAGGCAGGCUCAGCAGAGGCCCCUGCUCAGGUGGCCAGUGGCGGCUGUGAGGCCCUGGUGCAGAGCAGUGCUGUCAAGAUGAUCGACCUCAGCGCCUUCAGCCGCAAGCCCCGGACACUCCGGCACCUACCCCGUACCCCGCGGCCAGAGCUAGACGUGGCCCCCUACGACCCUCACUUCCCUGACCCAGCCCGGGAUGGCUACCCUGAGCCCACCAUGGCACUGCCUGGAGCUGAGGCUAUGCCUACCGAGUGUGGUUUUGAGCCACCCCACCUGGCCCCCCUGAGUGACCCCGAGGUGCCGACCAUGGAGUCCCCAGAGCCUGUGAAGCCAGAACAGGGCUUCGUAUGGCAGGAGACAGGAGAAUUUGAGACAGACGCAGCAGGCUCGACAGUGGAGCGCCACAAGAAGGCCCAGCUGGAUCGCCUGGACAUCAACGUGCAGAUCGACGACUCCUACCUGGUGGAGGCUGGCGACCGCCAGAAGCGUUGGCAGUGCCGCAUGUGUGAGAAGUCCUACACGUCCAAGUAUAAUCUGGUGACGCACAUUCUGGGCCACAACGGCAUCAAGCCACACUCGUGCCCGCACUGCAGCAAGCUCUUCAAGCAGCCCAGUCACCUGCAGACGCACCUGCUGACACACCAGGGCACGAGGCCCCACAAGUGUCAGGUGUGCCACAAGGCCUUCACACAGACCAGCCACCUCAAGCGCCACAUGCUGCUGCACUCGGAGGUCAAGCCCUACAGCUGCCACUUCUGUGGCCGUGGCUUCGCCUACCCCAGUGAGCUCAAGGCCCACGAAGUGAAGCACGAGAGUGGUCGCUGCCACGUCUGUGUUGAAUGCGGCCUGGACUUCUCCACCCUGACCCAGCUCAAGCGCCACCUCGCCUCCCACCAGGGCCCCACCCUCUACCAGUGCCUCGAGUGCGACAAGUCCUUCCACUACCGCAGCCAGCUGCAGAACCAUAUGCUCAAGCACCAGAACGUGCGGCCCUUUGUAUGCACUGAGUGCGGCAUGGAGUUCAGCCAGAUCCACCACCUCAAGCAGCACUCGCUCACCCACAAGGGCGUAAAGGAGUUCAAGUGUGAGGUGUGUGGCCGAGAGUUCACCCUGCAGGCGAACAUGAAGCGGCACAUGCUGAUCCAUACCAGCGUUCGGCCCUACCAGUGCCACAUCUGCUUCAAGACCUUCGUGCAAAAGCAGACCCUCAAGACCCACAUGAUUGUACACUCACCCGUCAAGCCAUUCAAAUGCAAGGUAUGUGGAAAGUCCUUCAACCGCAUGUACAACCUACUGGGCCACAUGCACCUGCACGCGGGCAGCAAGCCCUUCAAGUGUCCCUACUGCUCUAGCAAGUUUAACCUCAAGGGCAACCUGAGCCGGCACAUGAAGGUCAAACAUGGCGUCAUGGACAUCGGCCUGGACAGCCAAGACCCCAUGAUGGAGUUGACAGGCACUGACCCCUCCGAGCUUGACAGCCAGCAGGAGAUGGAAGACUUCGAAGAGAACACAUACCCCUACGCGGGCGUGGAUAGCAGCACCGAGUCCAGUGUCCUCACUGAGCAGGCCAUGAAAGAGAUGGCCUACUACAACGUACUAUAGCGUGAGCCCGGCCGCCCUCUUGGGGGCGUGGGUGUGAGGGAGAGACCCGAGUGCUGCAGGACAUAACCUCCUGCAGCUGAGAAACAAGCUACUGCCCCACUGUCCUGCGCCCUCCCCUCCCACUAAGUCAUUUG